AUCGUGCAUUUUAAGUAGAAGUAAAAUCACCUGUUGCAGUCACACUGCAUGUUUUGUUUUUUAGUGUAAAAGUACAACAAAACGAGGAUAAUUCAAUUAAACAGACAAAAUACAAAUGGACCAGAAAAUACUCAUGAAAUCACAAAAUUGAUUCGUUAUGCUGCGAAAUGAAUAUAAGAAGUCGGGAUCACAACUUCACCGCAAGUAUUGCCUGCUAAUACGUAGUUUUUCGUUUUAUUUUUGUUCGUAUCUGCGAAACAGAAACCACGGCAGCCAUGAUUCUCAUGAAACCCCCUUCAAUGAUUUCUCGUUCUGGUCUCGCGAUAUUUGCUGAGCGGUUGCGUUGUUCGGGCGAGCCGACGACGAGACCGUUGGUGUCUGGAAAAAUUGUCUCGUGGUAGAGAUAUAAGUACACUUUGUUUGGGCAUUUUCGUUCGUUAAUAAAAUUAAUAAUUUCGCGCGCUAAACCACGGUGUAAUUGGCUUCCUGAAUCACUCUGAGGAAUGGCUGCUGCUGAGGUGAAUGGGAGUUCUGCUCCAUUAAAGGAGGAAGAAGAGCCAAUGGAUGUGUCAAUAACACACACAGAAAACUACCAAACACUACUUGAUGCUGGGCUGCCUCAGAAAGUCGCUGAAAGUCUAGAUAACAUCUUCCAGACAGGCUUGGUGGCUUAUGUUGACUUGGACGAAAGGGCCAUUGAUGCUCUGCGAGAGUUCAAUGAAGAGGGAGCGCUCACGGUGCUGCAGCAAUUCAAAGAGAGUGACCUAUCUCAUGUGCAGAAUAAAAGUGCGUUCCUUUGUGGAGUCAUGAAAACAUACAGACAGAGGGAAAAACAAGGAAGCAAGGUACAAGAGUCCACCAAGGGUCCAGAUGAGUCCAAAAUAAAGUCUCUGUUGGAGAGGACAGGAUACACUCUGGACGUGACUACAGGGCAGAGAAAAUAUGGAGGCCCUCCACCUGAGGACGUAUACACAGGCUCACAACCAGGGAUUGGAACUGAGGUGUUUGUUGGGAAAAUCCCCAGGGAUCUUUAUGAAGAUGAGCUUGUGCCUCUGUUUGAGUCUGCUGGUGCCAUCUGGGACCUCAGGUUAAUGAUGGACCCCCUGUCUGGUCAGAACAGAGGUUAUGCUUUCAUCACAUACUGCAAUAAAGAUGAUGCACAAAAGGCUGUGAAGCUAUGUGAUAACCAUGAAAUUCGCCCUGGCAAGUACUUGGGAGUUUGUAUAUCUGUUGCAAACAAUCGCUUGUUUGUUGGAUCCAUUCCCAAGAACAAGACACGGGAAAGUAUACUGGAGGACUUUGGGAAAGUGACAGAGGGUCUGCAGGAUGUGAUACUGUAUCACCAGCCAGAUGACAAGAAGAAAAACCGCGGUUUCUGUUUUCUGGAGUACGAGGAUCACAAGUCUGCAGCACAGGCACGUCGCCGCCUAAUGAGUGGGAAGGUCAAAGUGUGGGGCAACCCUGUGACAGUGGAGUGGGCUGACCCUGUUGCUGAACCAGACCCAGAAGUCAUGGCCAAGGUAAAAGUGCUUUUUGUCAGGAAGCUGGCUACAGCUGUGACUGAAGAACUUCUGGAGAAAACCUUCUCCCAGUUUGGGAAGCUGGAACGGGUGAAAAAGUUGAAAGACUAUGCUUUUGUCCAUUUUGAAGAUAGGGAUGCUGCUGUAAAGGCUAUGGAUGAGAUGAAUGGGAAGGAGCUUGGAGGUGAGGUAAUUGAGAUUGUUUUGGCAAAGCCCCCAGACAAGAAAAGGAAAGAGCGCCAAGCAGCUCGGCAGACCACCAGGAGUGGCGGGUAUGAUGACUACUACUACUACCCACCUCCACGCAUGCCAUCACUAGGCAGAGGAAGGGGUCGUGGUGGCCGGGGAGGCUAUGCCUAUCCACCUGAUUACUAUGGCUAUGACGAUUACUAUGACGAUUACUAUGGCUACGAUUAUCACGACUACCGCGGUGGCUAUGAGGACCCUUACUACGGCUAUGAAGAUGUGUACAGCAUGAGGAGUCGUGGUACUCGCCCCAGCAGGGGUGGACCUCCACCACCUAGGGCUCGCGGGGCUCCAACAGCACGAGGUCGGGGUGGCUUUGCACAAAGGGGGCCACCCCUUGGAGGUCCACGUGGCGCUCGAGGAGGACGUGGAACCCCUUUCCAACCUCAGAGGGGCCGUGGUCCUCGCGGUGCCAGGGGUAAUCGUGGCGGGAACGUUGGCGGAAAGAGGAAGGCAGAUGUGUUUACCCAGCCCGACUCCAAGCGCCGCCAGACCAACAACCAGCAGAACUGGGGGUCCCAGCCCAUCGCCCAGCAGCCCUUGCAGCAGGGGGCCGACUAUUCCGGUGGAGAAGAAACGAGAGCGGCACCACUAGAAUGAGGAACUCACCUGAACGGUACUCAAGGAAAUGUGUCUAUAUGUUGCCUCUUGUCACCAGGCAGUAAGCUGCUCGCGCCCAUGUGACUGAGUUCACAGAAAUGGAAGGGACUGAUUGGUAAGGUUUCACUACCAACUAAUGCUCAGAAAGACAUCAUGCUAUUUAGCGGAAUUAAAUCCUUGGAUGUCAGGUUUACUGUUUUUAUGAAUAAGCUUUAUUGUAAAUACAGAUGUAAUAACUAUUAAAGGCAUUAGUAUCCAUCUUUCUGAACAUUUGUUGGGUUUGAGCUUAAAUUGAGAACCUUUGCCAGAUUUUUUUUUUGGCAUGUCUGUGGACAUUUUCUUUUUAAGUUCCAGGUUACAGUAAUUGCAAAGGGUGCAAAGCAGAACCGCUGCAGGAUUUCAGACACUUCAGAAUGGACUCGCCCACACCAAAGUCCAGGAGGUUCUGCCAGCUGGAUUGCUGUCCUCCCUGCAGUCGAUUGAAGGUCGAAUGGCUGAAAAGGAGGAUGUGCCGCACUACACCUUCAGAUUCAUCUUCCUCAACAGAUUUCUUGUACAGAAAUUGCAAAUACUCAAAUAAAUGUCUUGGUAAAGCAGAUUGAGAAGAGAGACUCUGUGUUAACUUCUAAACAACAGAUUGACAGGCUGCUCAGACCUGGAUCUUCCUACUUUAAUCUCAACCCUUUUGAGGUGUUGCAGAUCGAUCCAGAAGCAACAGAUGAUGAACUGAAGAAAAGAUUUCGUGCAGUAAGAACACAUUUUCAUCUUUAGUUUAUGCAAAAACAUUUUUAUUGCAUAUAGCCUACGUCUUUAAUCCUCUCCUCAGCUGUCCAUUUUAGUCCAUCCAGACAAAAAUCAGGAUGAUCCUGACCGAGCACAGAAGGCUUUUGAAGUUGUGGAUAAAUCAUACAAACUGCUUUUGGAGCCAGAGCAGAAGAAACGAGCUGUUGAUGUGAUUCAAGCAGGAAAAGAGUAUGUCGAACAUAUGGU